GGAAGUGAUGAAACGAAAGGGUUGGGUCUAUGACACGCUGACCACUUCCCACUUUUCUUUUAAAGAAUUAAGUUGAAAAUAAAGUUAAUUUAUUAGCGUCAGCACGCACUCAAGUGAACAUGGGGAAAAUUGAGUGGGCGAUGUGGGCAAACGAGCAAUCUCUGGCUGCUGGGCUCAUUUAUGCUACUGGUGGGAUUGUCGGAGUUGCUGGUCAGUUCAGAGGCUGGCAGUUUGCAGCAUUCGGGAUUGCUGCUGGUGUGUUUGUGUGUUUGCUUGAAUAUCCACGCAGCAAACGCAGGAAAGGCACCAGCGUUGAGAGAACUGGUCAGUACUGCUUCACAGUGUGUGUAAAGGCUUUCGGACCCCUGACAAGAAACUAUUACGUCAGAGCAUUCUUGCAUGCUGCGUUGUGUGUUCCUGGAGGGUUCAUGUUAGCCACAGUUCUGGGAUGUGUGUGUCUAGGAAUUGCCAGUUUAAUCUACCUUUCGGCAGCUAUUCAUGGAGAGCAUUGGGAGCCCAUACUGCCCCGCACAGAGCAACCAAAGUCUGUUGGGAAUAGCAUCAAAGAACCUCCUCAAAACCCUCCACCUCGGCCUCCUCCUGAACUCCGUCGGAAGAAAGUAGAUAAACUAGAGACUGCUGUGUAUGACAAUCCCAUGUCUGUGACCAUCAAUGAAUAAGGCUUCCACUGUGAAAACAGUUACCUAUUGUUCAAAGAGGCUUCAGCAGUAAGUAACUGUAUGAUAUGAAACAUUUAUGAUGAGUUUAUACUAAUAAACUGCAUCAAGAGAGAGCUGUCACUGAUCAUGUUUAUUUAAUAGUAUCCAUGCUUUGAAAUGCUUGAUAAAUUUAAAACAUCCCAUUUAUUAUUGUUAGUAACAGAGAAGAAAUUUUAAUUUAAGAUUUUUUUUUAUCAAUAUAAUCAUAGAAGAAAAAUAUAAUUUUACUGGGAUGCUGUUAAAAUGUUAACAUUGUGUAUAUUUACCUCAAGAGAGUGCAUAUAGUUAUGCCUUCAUUUGUACUUACAAUAAACUCAGGAUGUGCUACACUUAAUCAUUUAUGUCAUCCAUAGAGUUAAAAUAUUGCAAAGUUUCAUUUCUUUUUUUUAUUUGUUGUGUAUAUGUAUAACCUAAUGCUGUGUUAUUUCAUUAGCAAAUCCAUUUUUAUAAUGCAUGGACAUUUUUCUUCCUAAAUGCUUGUCAUCCUGAAAUCUAUAUUCAUAACUUAAAAAUUCACAAAAGCAUUGCACAAAUGGUCAUUAUAUUAUAGAAGAAGGUAAAACACGUCUUUGUGUUUUCGUAAUCCUUUAUUACUCAACAAGGAACAAGGAAGUUCAUCUUGCUCAAAGAAAAAUGAAACUCAUUGUCUUUUGUGUUCGUUUCACAAUGUCUUAUUUCUUUGAUGUCUGAUGUUAAUUUCAUCAUCAUGUACAAUGAAGAAAUACAAGUGCUGUAGGCUGAAUAGAUCUGAUUGUGACCAUCAGACAAAAUUCUCUGAAAAUCAUUUCUGAUCUAUGACAUAAUAGCUUUAAAUGUUUUGAACUUUCUGAGCAUGACUGCCCAGUAGAAUAUUCAAUUGUUCAUUUCAUUUCAUCAGAUUUUGACAGACAAAAUAUUAAGUUCUUCCAUGCUUGGUUACUUGGUUAAGUAGUAGUUAAUUGUCUUUUAUCGGCCUGAUUAUAAGCUCCCAUGAAACAAUCAGAACAAGCCCUACAAUAAAAUAAUACAUAUUAUACAGAAACAUCA